AUGUGUCUCUUGGCCCUGGGUUUCCUGCUGGGGAUUCUACAGCCUUCAUCCGGGCAGUUCCCCCGAGCCUGUGCAUCUUCAGAGAGCCUGCUGAGGAAGGAAUGUUGCCCACUGUGGGCUGGGGACGGGUCCCCUUGUGGGGAAUUCUCUGGCAGGGGCUCCUGCCAGGAGAUCCUUCUGUCCCGUGCCCCACUCGGGCCGCAGUUCCCCUUUACAGGGGUGGACGACAGAGAGGACUGGCCUGCUGUGUUUUAUAACAGGACAUGCCAAUGCAACAGCAACUUUAUGGGAUUCAACUGCGGGGAGUGCAGGUUUGGCUUCUCAGGGCCCAACUGUGCCAAUAGGAGGAUGCUCAUGAGAAGAAGCAUCUUCCAGCUUAGUAGCAGAGAGAAGAAUAAGUUCCUUGCCUACCUCAACUUGGCAAAGCACACCCCCAGCCAGGACUACGUCAUCGCCAGUGGCACCUAUGCUCAGAUGAACAAUGGCUCGACCCCCAUGUUCAGGAACAUCAACGUUUACGACCUCUUCGUAUGGAUGCAUUACUACGUCUCUCAUGACACCUUGCUAGGUGGGUCAAGCGUAUGGAGGGAUAUUGAUUUUGCCCAUGAAGCCCCAGGUUUUCUACCUUGGCAUCGGCUGUUCUUGCUGCUGUGGGAACACGAGAUCCAGAAGAUCACAGGAGAUGAGAACUUCACCAUUCCUUACUGGGACUGGCGAGAUGCCGAAGGCUGCAAUGUCUGCACCGAUGAAUUGAUGGGAGGCAGACACCCCACUAACCCUCAGUUACUCAGCCCAGCAUCCUUUUUCUCCUCGUGGCAGGUAAUUUGCAGCCUAUCGGAGGAGUACAACAGCCGGCAGGCUUUAUGCAAUGCCACCAAUGAAGGCCCUAUACUUCGAAACCCUGGGAACCAUGAUAAAACAAGGACACCUCGGCUCCCAUCUUCAGCGGAGGUUGAAUUUUGUCUAACGUUGACUCAAUACGAAUCAGGGUCCAUGGAUAAAUUGGCCAAUUUCAGCUUCAGAAACACUUUGGAAGGCUUUGCCAAUCCACAGACUGGAAUAGCGAACAUGUCUCAAAGCAGUUUACAUAAUGCACUUCACAUCUAUAUGAAUGGCUCGAUGUCCCAGGUACAAGGAUCUGCUAACGAUCCUAUCUUUAUCCUUCACCAUGCCUUCGUUGACAGUAUUUUUGAACAAUGGCUUAGAAGACACAGACCUCUGCGAGAAGUUUACCCAGCAGCCAAUGCACCCAUUGGACACAAUCGUGAAUAUUACAUGGUCCCAUUUAUUCCUCUCUACAGAAAUGGAGAAUUUUUUACCCCAUCAAGGGAGCUGGGAUAUGAUUAUGAAUAUCUAGCAGACCCAGAUGUUGACUCAUUCCAGGAGUUUUUGAUGCCCUACCUGGAGCAAGCCCGUCAGAUCUGGCAGUGGUUGGUCGGAGCAGCUGUGGUUGGUGGUAUAAUUACUGCUCUGAUCACAGGACUCAUUGUUCUGGGGUGUAGGAAGAAGAGAAGGGGAAGCACUGCAGAAACACAGCCCUUACUCAUGGAAAGUGAAGAUGAUCACAAUUUGUCUUAUCAGUCAAAUUUAUAA